AUGGCACCGCUACGCAUACGCUUCGGCAUCAUCGUGCCCUCCUCAAACACUGCUAUGGAGCCUUUGAUAACCUCAAUUCUUGAAACUGUUAACGCUUGCAUACCUUCGGUCUAUACUACUGCUCAUUUCUCGCGCUUCAGAGUUACGCAAAUAUCGCUUGAUGCUUCAGCACACUCACAAUUCGACCUAGAGACUAUCCUACAUGCAGCUUCACUUCUUGCCGAUGCUAAGGUUGAUGCGAUACUAUGGGGUGGCACAUCUGCAGGCUGGCUUGGUCUCGACAACGACAGACAGCUGUGUCAAGCCAUCGAGGCACGCUUCGGUAUACCAGCUCACACAUCCACCCUGGCUGUGCUUGAAUACCUUCAGUAUCGUCCAGAUCGACCCAAGCUUGGCCUUGUGACGCCUUACAUCAAAACAAUGAAUGACGCCAUACAGGACAACUUCGCGAAGGAAGGGGUUACAGUGAUAUCUGCCGAGCAAUGCCUGUCGAUCACGGACAAUGUUCGCAUAGCAGAAGUGACAGCCGAACAGCUUACGGAAAUGGUUGACAUAACGAUGUCCUUGGACGUAACGACGUCAGUCAUCGCGGUCUAUUGCACAAACUUGAGUGCGGCGCAGCUAGUAACUCAGUGGGAGGACAAGCAUAGGCAGAAGACACUGUGCGUGCUGGAUAGUGUUAGCAUCGGUGUCUGGGGUCUUCUGAGAAAAGUCGGCAUCUCGACGGCUCAUACUGGAAUUGCAGCACGAUGGGGUCGAAUCUUCGAUCUCUCGCCUUGA